CGUGGGAAUCUGCCAAGAUGGGCGGUGCGUCCAUCCUCGGUACAGCUAUGGGGGCAGGGAUGGGGAGACAUAAUGGCAUCUAGUGUGGAGGGCUGUAGCUUGAACCUUCCCCGCGCGAGACCCCCAUCGCCAUUCUGUACGGGACCCUGCCCCUCCCCCUUCCUGGAGCGUGACCCCCUCCGCCUCGCCCCGAGGCCUUUGGCGACUGGGUCCGUUAGGGCAGAGCCAUGGAGGAAAAGCCUUUCAAAGCGUUGGCCAAGUCUUCGGGCCACCGUGGCUCAGGCAAGUCGAGCCCGCACGACAUUCGGAAUCUGUGCACCACGGCCACGCAGUCGCAGCCGAAGCUGAAUGUACCGCUGCCUACUGUCCGUGAGGACUCGGAACUGGAGGGCAGCAGCGUAGGCAGCAAGACUUGCUGGUCUUACAACCAGAAGGCUGGCCACGACUCGGACGGUGGCUGGGAAGAAUCGGAUGACGGAGAGGACAAGGACAGCUUCAAGCCAGAGGAGCUGGACGAGCACGCCUUGAUGGAGCUGGAGAUGCGCCGCGGCAGCUCCCUGGGAGGCCCUUUAGAGGAGGACGAUUCCAAGACCGACGACGAAAAGUCUUCUUCAGUGUCAUCGCUCAAUAUCUCGAAGCACACACCCCAUCGAGCCUACUGGGUGGAGCAGCAGAGCAGGCUGCCCCUGCCCCUGACUGAACUCAUGGAGAAUGAAGCCCUGGAAAUCCUCACCAAAGCCCUCCGGAGUUACCGAUCGGAGAUCGGCCGGGACCACUUCCUGACCAAGCAGCUGCAGCGAUACAUCGAGGGGCUCAAGAGGCGCCGGAACAAGAGGCUGCAAGUCAUGGUGAUCUGAGAGCACCGCCUCGGGCUCGAGUGACCGCCCGACUCCAGCCCUGGUCCCAGAUCCAAGCCCGACCCUGUCCAUGUGGAUUUUGAGCCUUAGAGAAAUAAAAGAGUCUUCUGUACAUGGUCCGUGAGUCAAUGCGUAGCUGCCCGCGUGAGGCGGACGCACGUGGCCCCGCCUUUCCCUGUGACCUUCACUCGGUCACCGCAGUGACCUUGAGCGUUCUCGGUUCGGGCCCUAUCGGCUCCGCCUUCCCGGGACUCGAAAUCCAGGACUUCUUGCAUGCAUUAGGUCUGCUUCUCCCACUCCGGGUUCAGCAGCUUUGUGGGGAUAUUGGGUGAGACGUCCAAGUGCCCCGAUUGUGUUAUCCUGGGGGAAGGCGGAAAAGGGAAAGGGACCG